UGGUGGAUGGGCGGUGAUGCUAUUAACUGGGCGAUACGGUAAAGGCCAGCACGGGAGAGGUAUUGAUAAUCAAUCAAUCAAUCAAUCAAUCAAUCCAUCAAUUAAUGGUUGAGAAGGAUAGAGUCAAGCUGCCCUCUCGAGAAUUCGGAGGAGUCUACAUGGUGGAAUUUCUUGACGCACUCUGCCUGCAGGCAGGUACAGUAACUGCAAGCUGUGAGAAGAAGGGUGUCCUUCAGGGGACCCGUAAACCAGUGGCGAUUUGCAUUGGUGGGGGUCUAGUGCUCGCAGACGAAUGUGCUCGGAAAGUACCCCCGUGUGUGGGACCUGCUAUGCAAGAGAGUGAGCAAGAUCUGGAUGCACGACUUGGUGCAGAGUGUGGAGAUGUGAUCGAAAUGCCAGUAAUUCCAGUUAUGCCUGAAAGGCCAGCUGAUCAGAAACACGACACCAGCAGAGAGGUUUCUGAAGUGGGGUCGGGACAGAACACGGAACGCCAGGGAGGAGUUGCAGCACAAGAAGAUGCGACAGCCACCAGUUUGAAAGACGGUGCGGACAAAGCUCGCUCACUUCCUGUAUGCGCGAAGGACGAUGAUGAUCUCAGGGUGAAUGAACAGAGAAAGCUCACGCGGAAUGCUGUUCAGUGCUGUAUACAGAGCAUCAUUACUGAGGAGACCAUGAUCGUUGCAGAUUUUGGUGAUAGUUACUUCACGGCAUUAAAACUUCGCCUACCAAAGGGAGCCAGGCUUGAGACGCAAAGCCACUAUGGCUCUAUCGGGUGGGCGGUGGGAGGGACACUGGGCUGUGCAUUGGGCACAGGAGGGCGGCAUUCGACCAAUACGGUUGCUGUUAUCGGCGAUGGCGCCUUCCAAAUGACGUCUCAAGAAUUGUCAACGAUGAUUCGUCUGAAUGUACCUGCAAUCAUCUUCAUUCUGAACAAUGGCUGGUACAUCAUCGAAGAACUUCUGCAUCCUAAUGGACUUUACAACCAGAUUCAGAAUUGGGAUUAUGCGCAGCUCGUGGAAGCAUUCAAAGCCUCGCAACCGAAGGGAAACAGCCGCGGGUUUCGUGUGACAACCAAGGAGGAGUUGGAAGCGGCAGUGCGGGCCGCUGUGGGGACGGCGGGGUUAAGCCUGAUAGACUGCCGUAUUGAGAAAGACGACGCUACAGAGGAGCUCCGUCUAUUCUCCAAGUACGUGUCGGACUACAACAGUCGGAUGGAAGAAGAUUAAGUUGUCAGGUCCGACAGGUUAUGGCUCUUCGACUUCUUGCGUGUAAAUAAGGGGCUCGCCUCACAGCACUGUCAACACGAGAAAAGCAGGUGUGCAUAUUCCCGUCGUGAGUGUCCAGAUGCAUCAGUUAAUCAGAUGGAAGAUUGAGUCGUCAGGUCCGAUAGGUUAGGGUUAGGGUUCUUGAUUUUGUGUGUGUAUAUAAGGGCCUCGCCACACAGCGGACUGUCAACACACGAGAAGCAGGUGUGCAUGUUCCCGCCGUGAGUGUCCAGCCGCCGUGAGUGUCCAGAUGCAUCAGUUGCUAUAAAUAGUAAGGGAUGCAUGUUGCCACUUUCUGGGGAAGAUGCAGACGUACUUUCUUCGUUUCCCUUUGUCGAAAAAGGAUGUAAUACGAUUCCGAAGUCGUCAUCGCUUGUGCUUCUUUGGUCUGGCAGUGCUCAUUUACAUUCAGAUCUUAGUGACUUGGUAAAAAGAGAUUCGAAGAGUAAAUACCUAAUAAAAUU